CUACCUAUAUUAGGCUCCCAUUUGUGUUCCCAUUUGCCGCCUUCUCCUUCUUCUCCGACGGCGAACACCGUCCAUCGCGAGAACUCUUACCUCGUCGGCGUCGGCGUCGGCGUCGGCGAGGAGGAGCAAACAUUUACGGCUGGCUUGCAAUCUUAAUCUUUUGCAGUGUUCGUCAUUCAGGAGGCUCCCGGCCGAUCCGGUGGAUCGGAUCGGAGCGGGAGCACAAACUGCAAAUUGCCACGGUCCUUGCACUUGAUUUCCGGAGCCAGGAGGAUGAUUUGCUGCGGCGGCGAGGAGGAGGAGACGUACGCUCCCCGUGCAGCCAGUCGCAGUCGCAGCAGGCGCCCGACACCUGCGACGCAGUACAAUGCAGGCCCUCGUAAGCCAAGAGGACCAAAUGCACCCAGGAGCGGCGGCCCGCCACCGAAGGUGCUCUCCAUCGACGUGCCAGCCAUCUCCAUGGGCGAGCUGAACAACAUCACCGGACACUUUGGACAGAGUGCCUUGAUAGGAGAAGGUUCGUACGGUCGAAUCUACAGGGCGGUGCUGACCUCCGGGGAGCCGGUUGCCAUAAAAAAGCUUGAUCCCAGCGUGUCAAGCGACUCUGAAGCAGACUUCUCUGCUCAGCUGUCAAUGGUUUCGAGGCUCAAGAACGAGUAUUUCAUCCGGCUGAUGGGCUACUACCUGGAUGCAAACCGAAGAAUCCUGGUCUACCAGUUUGCCACGCACGGCUCCCUGCAUGACAUCCUACACGGGAAGAAGGGCGUGAGGGACGCGGCGCCGGGGCCGGCGCUGAACUGGAGCCAGCGGGUGAAGGUGGCGUACGGCGCCGCGAGAGGGCUCGAGUACCUCCACGAGAAGGCCCAGCCGCCCAUCGUCCACCGCGACGUGCGGUCGAGCAACGUUCUCCUCUUCGACGGCUACGAGUCCAAGCUCGCCGACUUCAACCUCACCACCCAGCCUCCCGACGGCGCCGCGCGGUUGCACUCCACCCGCGUCCUCGGAACCUUCGGCUACCACGCGCCCGAGUACGCGAUGACGGGACAGCUUAAUCAGAAGAGCGAUGUGUACAGUUUCGGAGUCAUCCUACUGGAGUUACUGACCGGCAGGAAGCCAGUGGACCAUACCAUGCCGAAGAGACAGCAGAGUCUUGUAACCUGGGCGACGCCAAGGUUGAGCGAGGACAAGGUGAGGCAGUGCGUGGAUCCGAAACUCGGGGAUGACUAUCCUCCAAAAGCAGUUGCCAAGAUGGCGGCGGUAGCGGCGUUGUGCGUGCAAUACGAGUCAGAUUUCCGGCCGAACAUGACCAUCGUGGUGAAGGCGCUGCAGCCACUUCUCAGCAAGCCAGCCGGAGCAGGAGGGCCCUAGCAGCACAUGCAUACUAACACCAGCCCAUGCAUCAAACCAACUUAGCAUCCAAAACACAUUAUGUGCUCUGUUCUUCUUGGAUGCUGAGACUUGUUAAACAGCUGGUGAUUGUACCAUGUACUACUCACAAAUCAAUCAAACUGCUAAAAGGGUCCAAGGGCUCACAGAGUUUCAGGUCAUUGGCUGUGAUUCUCCA